AUGCUCCCUCCGCAGUUUUGGACCUCGCCGCAGAGACUUCGGUUCAUGCUUGAGGAUGCCAAGAAGCAGGAAGUCUCAUCUUUCCCAAAGCUUUUGCAGCACCUGGCAAUGAUGGCGUCGUCUCCUCGGCCCAACAGCAGCCCAGGACAGCUGCAGUUUUCGGCCAAGUGGUUCUGGAAGGAAGGCAGCUUGGACAGGUUGCCACGGCAGCACCUUUUGCAACUAAUAAAGUCUUGCAACACCGUGCCGCCAUUCAAAAGGGCAACCGCCAGAUUUGCUCCCAAGUCAUCGCUGGUGUCCUGGCUUACCACUGAAGCCACAUCGAUCAGCAACGACGAUCUGGCUCUCAGAAAGCAGUUUUACGACGAAGCAAAAGCACGCAUUUCCGGGCAGGAGGAAGGGUCGAAACUGAAUCUGACGGCUCCGGAAGUUCUGCUUCUAUGCUGGGAGAGGGGGCUGUUGAGAUCGCAGCACUGGCCGGACGCCCACCUGCGAUGGGCAGCGGAUGGUGCUACCAGUGGCAGCGCGGGUACUGCUGUCGACGAACCGAUUCCGGAGGCAGAGGCGAAAGCGAUGCUCGGAAGCUUGAGAGCCUACCUGUCCCUCUACGAUUCGCCAUCGGCGACUCGGAACCUGCGGGGCCGCUCCCUGGAUGAUUCUGUCGGUGCCGAUUACGAUGUUUUGUCUUCAUGCGGUACUGGCGCUGCCCUCCCGCCAUCGAUGGUGUUGCACGCUCCAGCGUUGCUUCGCAUCACGCAUUCCGCCAACGGCUCUGCUUCCCCCCUCUGCCAUCUGCGAGUCGAGAGCGCCACAAGAUAGCUUACUCAUUGUGCGACGGCCCUGCCCGCCUCCUACUUGCUGUGUUGUUUAAAUUGCGGCCGGUUUCCCCCCCACACACUUUAGUUUCGAAAUGUAGGAUAUGGAUUGCUUUUGUGUUCGAUCAGCACGACUUCUCUGUCGUUCGUGGGAUGGACGCGGUACCUUAUUGGUUAACCCGAAGAACGUGUUUGUG